AUGGUGUCGGGGCUGGAGCCCAGCCUCAACGGCUGUGAGAAGGCAGCCCAGCGACAGACCGUUUGGGAUCUGCCGGGCUUUAGCGCGGUCGGCACCUUCACCUUCGAGCUGUGCGCCGUGGCGCCAGACAACAUCCACAAGACGGUGUACUACCUGAAUGUCCUGGUGAAGCCCAAGUACAGCGUCAAGCUCUUCAACAUCCACCUUGGCGGGCACAAGCUGGAACCCGCCUUUGAUCCGGAGGUGCAGCAGUAUAUCGUGCAUGUGGAUGGCUCGGUGAAGGAGGUGCAGUUGGAGCUGGAGGCGGAAGAUCCCGAGGCCACCAUGCGGGUGUCCGCGGACAAGGAGACCAUAGGCUUUGACAACCUCACCACCAUGGUGCAGAUGCACGACAACAACAAGCUGGAGGUGGGGGAGCCACCCCAGUGGUCCAGGGAGGUGAGCAUCGAGCUCGAGUCUGCGGAUGGGGAGCGCACCAUGACCUACAUGGUGGAUGUGAAGCAGCAGGUGAGCAACUAUAGCUACCUGAAGAACCUCUCCAUGGGCAACACCAAGUGCAAGAUGGACCCCCCACAGUUCAUCCUCAACCACACGCAGUAUAAGUGCGUCUUCUGGUGGACAGAGACCAAAGCGCCUGAGAUCAUUGCCACCAUGGAGACACGGUGA